UGGGGCGCGGGCCUCGGCGCGCUCGUCGAGCUGACGGAGGCGCCCUUCUGGACGGACAUCUACGACCUCGAGCGGGCGUUCCACCGCGGCCGCGUCGCCGUCCUCGGCGACGCGGCGCACCCGAUCACGCCCCACCUCGGCAAGGGCAGCAACCUCGCCAUCCAGGACGCCUUCGUCCUCGCGAGUUGCGCCGCGGGCGCCGACGACGCCCGCGGGUGGCUGGCGGCGUACUCCGCGGCGCGCGUCGAGGAGGCCGGGGCCUCGCUGCUCUACUCGCGGCACCUCGGCCGCGUGCGCAACGGCCUC